CCCCUGUAGGUACACACAACGAUGGCCAUGGUGGGUGGGGGAUGGGGUAACCCUAAUGGGAGCACCAAUGGCCUCGGGGAGAAAGGCUACCUGGGGGGGGAGGAGGGCGAGAGCUCCCCCCAGGCCGGGAACAGUGACGUGGAAGGGGGAGAGGAUGACAAGGCUUGUGUGGUGGACUGUGUGGUUUGCGGAGACAAGUCCAGCGGAAAGCACUACGGUGUCUUUACCUGUGAGGGCUGCAAGAGCUUCUUCAAAAGGAGCGUACGCCGGAACCUCAACUACACCUGCAGAUCAAACAGAGAAUGUCAGAUCGACCAGCAUCAUCGCAACCAGUGCCAGUACUGCCGUCUGAAGAAAUGCUUCCGUGUUGGCAUGAGAAAAGAGGCAGUCCAGCGUGGACGCAUCCCACCAUCCCACCCUGGUAUAAGCCCGACUUCCAUGGUGGGGGGGGGUGGAGGAGGAGGCGGAGCGCCGGGUAUGGGAGGCGACUUCUUCAAUGGUCAACCAGCGCCUGAACUCAUCUCGCAGCUUCUGAGAGCUGAGCCGUACCCCAACAGCCGCUACGGGGUGCAGUGCGGCCAGCAACUGGGCGGAGCCAACAGCGCAGUCAUGGGCAUUGACAACAUCUGUGAGCUGGCUGCCCGACUCCUCUUCAGCACCAUCGAGUGGGCCCGGAACAUUCCCUACUUCCCUGACCUGCCUGUCUCAGAGCAGGUGGCCCUGCUGCGGCUCAGCUGGAGCGAACUGUUCAUUCUUAAUGCGGCGCAGUCUGCCCUGCCGCUCCACAUGGCCCCGCUGCUGGCUGCCGCCGGCUUCCACGCCUCACCCAUGUCCGCAGAGCGGGUGGUCUCCUUCAUGGACCAGGUGCGCGUCUUCCAAGACCAGGUGGAUAAGCUGACACGACUGCAGGUGGACUCUGCUGAGUACAGUUGCCUGAAAGCCAUCGCCCUCUUCUCACCAGACGCAUGUGGACUGACAGACCCGGCCCACGUGGAGAGUCUGCAGGAAAAGGCUCAGGUGGCCCUGACUGAGUACGAGCGUAUGCAGUAUCCAAGCCAGCCCCAGCGCUUCGGCCGUCUCCUGCUCCGCUUGCCGUCGCUUAGGGCCGUGCCGGCGAACCUGAUCUCUCAACUCUUCUUCAUGCGCCUGGUUGGCAAAACGCCCAUCGAGACGCUCAUACGAGACAUGCAGCUCUCUGGCAGCUCGAUCAGUUGGCCUUACGUGCCUGGACAGUAGCUGAAUAAUUAGCAUGCAAGCCGAUGACGCUAGGCAAUUCAGACUUUGACUUCUGUGUUCUUGUUCUAUGUGGUCUUAGGUUUUCAGUAUGUGAUUUCUUAGCUGCUGCUCAUUUUGCGUUAUAUUCAUCGGCACUCAUUAGUGUACACAGUGAAGGAUAAAAGGGCAAUAUGCCCUCACCUUUCCUUAGGCAGAUUAACUGGUUCGCGCAAUUUUGGGAUACCUCAGGUUUUUUUUUUUACUUAGCAA